CCAGAGCAGUGGGAAUCCAAGCUGGGGCGUGCUGCGCUGGAGUGCCCGUCGUCCGGGCCGAGCGCAGCCGCAGCCACUCCAGCCCGCGGAUACUGCCUUCCGUGCACAGCGGGUGAUAAGGACCAGUGCCGUGGGGACGGGGGUCCCGGUUCUUCUCCUACCCUAGAAAGACGAAGCUGCUCGAGGUGCUCCCGCCGCCCCAGAGGGGCCGGGCCGGACUCGCCACCUGCGUCCCGGUUGCGCCAUGGAUCCCACGGAGAAGAAGAUCUCUGUGUGGAUCUGCCAGGAGGAGAAGCUGGUGUCCGGGCUUUCUCGCCGCACAACUUGCUCGGACGUGGUGCGGGUGCUGCUGGAAGACGGCUGCCGGCGGCGACGAAGGCAGCGGCGGGGCCGGCGGCGGGGGUCGGGCGGCAGUCCCCUAGGCUUGGAGGAGCUGAUGGAACCCCCGGACGAAGACGACGACGACGACGACGACGAGGCGCUGCCGCAGGGCAUGCUGUGCGGGCCCCCGCAGUGCUAUUGCAUUGUAGAGAAGUGGCGCGGCUUUGAGCGCAUCCUGCCCAACAAGACGCGCAUCUUGCGCCUCUGGGCUGCCUGGGGCGACGAGCAAGAGAAUGUGCGCUUCGUGCUGGUGCGCAGCGAGGCGUCGCUGCCCAACGCCGGACCCCGCAGCGCCGAGGCGCGCGUCGUUCUCAGCCGCGAGCGCCCCUGCCCCGCCCGGGGAGCCCCGGCCCGGCCUAGCCUGGCCGUGACCCAGGAGAAGCAGCGGCGGGUGGUGCGCAAGGCCUUCCGCAAGCUGGCCAAGCUCAACCGGCGGCGCCAGCAGCAGCCGCCGUCGCCUUGUUCGUCUACUUCUUCGUCGACUGCUUCGUCCUGCUUGUCGUCGCCGCGGGCCCACGAGAGCGCGUCGGUGGAGCGCAUGGAGACGCUGGUGCAUCUAGUGCUCUCCCAAGACCACACUAUCCGUCAGCAGGUGCAGCGGCUCAGAGAACUGGACCGUGAGAUCGACCGCUACGAGGCCAAGGUGCACCUGGACCGCAUGCGGCGGCACGGGGUCAACUACGUACAGGACACUUACUUAGAGGGCACGGGCACCGAGCUUGACGGGCCCAACCCAGGAAAGGAGCCGGAGGCUGCGGCGGCAGUGGAGAAGGAGGCGGCGGUGACGGCGGCGCCCCUGGAAGGCGAGGCGCAGACGGCUGCGCUGGAGGAGCUGACCCGGCGCUGCGACGACCUGCUGCAGCUGCAGGAGCAGCGGGCCCAGCAGGAGGAAUUGCUCGAACGCCUCUCAGCCGAGAUUCAGGAGGAGCUGAACCAGAGAUGGAUGCGGCGGCGCCAGGAGGAGCUGGCGGCGCGGGAGGAGCCCCCCGAACCUGAAGACGGCCCAAACGGCGAAUUACUGCUGGAGCAGGAGAGGGUCAGGACGCAACUCAGCACCAGCCUUUACAUCGGGCUCCGGCUCAACACGGACCUGGAGGCCAUGAAGUCGGACCUGGAUUACAGCCAGCAGCAGUGGGACAGCAAGGAGCGCGAACUGCAAGGCCUUCUCCAGACUUUGCACACUUUGGAACUGACAGUGGCGCCCGAUGGGGCUUCCGGCUCCGGCAGACCCUCCGGGGAACUCCGGCCUCAGGCCUGUGCCGAGAUGUGGGUGGACCAGGCCCGCGGACUGGCCAAAAGCUGUCCUGGCAAUGACGAGGACUCGGAUACGGGGCUGAGCUCUAUGCACAGCCAGGACUCGGACUCGGUGCCUGUGUGCGAAUCCCUUGUGUAGGAGGAGCAGCAGGACCAGAGAGGGGGACGGACGUUUCUCCCUUCCCUGCAGAAAAAGUACCGGCUCUGCGGGUUAGGGGACUUGAGACCUGUCUGGGGGUGGGCCCGGAGCGCCUGCCGGGCAGCCGCGCCCCGACAGGGCCCAGGGAGAGCUCGGGACGCCUGCUGGCAGCGGCGCCCCUCUAGCUCCGGGCUGAGUGUGGAGGAGGGUGAGGGACGCGAAAUCCGGGUCUCCAAUCCAAGAUCUUUUAGAGGAACGUAGUAGGCAGGAGGUGAGAACCCGUUUUGGAAAACAGACGCCCCAAGAAAAUUGACGUUGUCUGAGCCUAUUUUCAAAAAUAGAAAAAAGUAUUAUGGAGAUUUCACAACUCUUCUGUACGGGAAGGACUGAUGGCAGCUAGAACUUUAGUUUGUGCUUUUAAAAGAAACAUUGGAUGGAAAGGAAAUGUCUUGAAUGUUAAUUGUGACUGUAAACAUGUUAAAACUAGCCAAAGAGGACGCACUGGUGUUGGUCUCAGCCUUACUUACAUCUUUGAUAAAACCCAUAGGCCCGCAAAUCCUGGCUGUUUACAUUUCUGCCGAUUCCGGAAUUACCCAUUCGCUAAAGGGAUUGCCUUUUAUUUUCUCUGAAAGGCUGAACUGUGUCGAAGCAAAACCCUAUAUUUCCGCCAAGUAAAUACAGUAGAUGUUAAAAUGGGAUUUUUUUUUUUCAUAAUAACCUUUUAUUAUUACAAAAGCCAAACAUAACCCUUUGGAGACUUAAAAUCUUGGCAAACAUAAUCCCUGGUUAAAAUUUAAUCUGGGACCUUUUGAAUUUGUUCCUGGAAAGGCAGGUGUGUUGUCCUUUAAUUCAUAUUGCCACUUCAUCGACUCAAUCACUAUUCCUUCAGGAAAAAUAAAAGGAAAGUUGCAGUACUUAAGUUAAGCAUAACUAAAUUUGCUAUUUAAUGAGCACUCUGGGUAAAAUUAAGACCUGAAAGUGAAGAUCUUUGUUAGUGUUCAGCUUUUUAAUUGAGCUUUAUGAUUAAAAACAACAAUGGCCUCAAACCAUUUCACCCAAACUCAAGUCUAACUCCAGUAUUGUUGGUCAGAGAUUAAUUAUUUACUUGUUCGAAUCUAAAUUGAGAUAAUGCAACUACCAGUGUUUACUAGAUAAGGCCCGGAAAAAAAAAAGAAAGCAAUCUCAGUAGUGCACCUUGGGUGAACAAUUUGAUUAACAACUGCAUGUAGCCAUUGAUAAAAACAUAUAAAAGUGAGCUAAUGACUUUAAUUACUCUUGUCUGGCUCACAGCUCCGCACCUGCCAGGAGAUGCAAGUAUAACAUCUGCAUAGCUAGUGACAGAGCACCAGUGAGGGUCCAGUUAUUUCAGUGAAAACUUACCAGUUGUAGCUUGUUGUUGCCCCCAUGGAAGGAGCCUGCUGGCUGAUUUCCCUCUGGGUCUCUGUACUUUGGAGGAAUGUAGGUUCUAAUCUGUCUUUAGGAGGUGUUAACAAUGAGGUGUGUGUGUGGUGCCAGCCUGGUGCAGAAGCCUGGUAUCAGCCUAACAUUUAAGGGACUGGCUCCAGUUUCAACGUUACAUGUGAAGAUAACUUAAGAGGUAUUGCUUUAUAAAGACAUUUCUUCCCUAGCAGAACUUUUUUUUUUGGGGGGGUGCUAUUCACCCCCUCAUACUAUCAUUUGGUCUGUCUCCUUUUUAGAGACAGUCCCACCACCAGCACCACUGCCACCAUGUUAUUAUGACACGUGUGGAGGUUUUCAGAUUUUCAAGUAAAAUGGGAAAUAGGCUGUUUCCGUAAUUGAUGUUUUCAAAAGACAUUAGCUGGCGUAAUUAUGGUUUUUUAGUUUAGUCUGAUGCAGAACACAUCUAUGUAUUUGGUCUUGAGCAAGAUUAAAAUGAGGAAGGGACCAAAAGAAGCCCACUGUCCCCAGACAAUCAUUUGAUACCAUAAACACACGGCCUAAUGAUAGCGUUGGUUUUGAGGCAGAGGUGAAAUCCUCAUUACUGUGACAAAUGCUGCUUGUCUGAAUGGUUUAUGCUGGCAAGGGGCUGACCUGGUGGUUUUUAAAUUAUGGCACUUUUCCCCGUCCUAGGGGGGUAGGGGAGGUGGUUUUUGGACGUUUAUUAACUCAAAAGAGAACUCAGAGUUGGCAGAACAGGUCUGUCUGGCAGAAAAGGGCUGUCUUCCUCUUCACUAUUAUUAUUUUAAACUUUGAUGGGCUGCUGACGUCAGUGAAUAUGCCUGAAGCCCAUAAAGCAAAUAAGCCACGUUACAGGGAGAAAGCCUGUGAGAUUUUCUGGUUCCCUGUUUCCAGAGUCUUCUCUGUCUUAGCCACCUGAAGAUGCUUGUGCACUCAACCCUCCAGGCAGCCGGGGAGGCUUUCUUUGUAACAAAGUCUGCCCAUUUUUUCUUUCAUCAAAUCAAUUAUAUCCCCCAAAGGCUUGCUCUGUCUGGGUAGGAA